AUGGACGGUUCCUUCGUGCAGCACAGCGUGAGGGUUCUGCAGGAACUCAACAAGCAGCGGGAAAAGGGCCAGUACUGCGAUGCCACGCUGGACGUGGGGGGCCUGGUGUUCAAGGCACACUGGAGUGUCCUGGCCUGCUGCAGCCAUUUCUUCCAGAGAAUCUAUGGGGACGGCUCAGGGGGCAGCGUUGUCCUUCCUGCAGGUUUUGCUGAGAUUUUUGGCCUCCUGCUGGACUUCUUCUACACUGGUCACCUCGCCCUCACCUCAGGGAACAGGGAUCAGGUGCUCUUGGCAGCCAAGGAGUUGCGGGUGCCAGAGGCUGUCGAGCUGUGUCAGAGUUUCCAGCCCAGGACCUCAGUGGGACAGGCACCAAGUGUCCAGAGUGGACUGGGGGAGCAGCCUGCCUCCCAGGAUGUGAAAAGCCACCUCAAGGAGCCAACAGACUUGGACGAGGGGGAAGUUUUCAGGACUCUAAGCCUGGCCCCUGAGGAUCAGGAGUUCAGAGACAGUCAGCAGCCCCAGCUCAACCCCCCUGCUCAGAGCAGCCCCUCCUUCCUCUGUGGGAAACUCAAGCAGGCUCUGAAGCCUUGUCCGUCAGAGGACAAAGUAUCUGAGGACUGCAAAGGGCCUCAGAGGCCCUUCGAGGCUAGAGGUGCCCCAUUGCAGGGCGAGAGUAACGAGUGGGAAGUAGUGGUUCAAGUUGAGGACGACGGGGAUGGCGAUUCCGGUUCUGAGCCCGAGACUGUGCUGACCAGGCGGAAGUCAAAAGUAAUGGGAAAGCCCUGUGCUGCAGAGCCAGCCCUGGGUGCGGGGUCCCUGGCAGCGGAGCCCACGGAGGGAAGGAAAGGUGCUGCAGUGCCGGUUGAAUGUCCCACAUGUCAUAAAAAGUUCCUCAGCAAAUACUACCUAAAAGUCCACAACAGGAAACACACCGGGGAGAAACCCUUUGAGUGUCCCAAAUGUGGGAAGUGUUACUUUCGCAAGGAGAACCUCUUGGAGCAUGAAGCCCGGAAUUGCAUGAACCGCUCAGAACAGGUCUUCACAUGCUCCGUGUGCCGGGAGACCUUCCGCAGGAGGAUGGAGCUGCGGGUGCACAUGGUGUCUCACACGGGGGAAAUGCCCUACAAGUGCUCCUCCUGCUCCCAGCAGUUCAUGCAGAAGAAGGACUUGCAGAGUCACAUGAUCAAGCUGCACGGAGCCCCCAAGCCCCAUGCAUGCCCCACGUGUGCCAAGUGCUUCCUGUCCAGGACAGAACUGCAGCUGCACGAGGCUUUUAAGCACCGUGGAGAAAAGCUGUUUGUGUGUGAAGAGUGUGGGCACCGGGCCUCAAGCCGCAACGGUCUGCAGAUGCACAUCAAGGCCAAGCACAGGAAUGAAAGACCUUAUGUCUGCGAGUUCUGCAGCCAUGCUUUUACCCAGAAGGCAAAUCUCAACAUGCACCUUCGCACACACACAGGCGAGAAGCCUUUCCAGUGCCACCUCUGUGGCAAGACCUUCCGCACCCAAGCCAGUCUGGACAAGCACAACCGCACCCACACGGGGGAGAGGCCUUUCAGGUGUGAGUUCUGCGAGCAGCGCUUCACUGAGAAGGGCCCGCUUCUGAGGCAUGUGGCCAGUCGCCACCAGGAGGGCAGGCCUCACUUCUGCCAGAUUUGUGGCAAGACCUUCAAAGCCGUGGAACAGCUACGUGUGCACGUCAGACGACACAAGGGUGUGAGGAAGUUUGAAUGCACCGAAUGUGGCUACAAGUUCACUCGGCAGGCUCACCUGCGGAGGCACAUGGAGAUCCACGAUAGAGUGGAAAACUACAACCCACGGCAGCGCAAGCUCCGGAACCUGGUCAUUGAGGAUGAGAAGAUGGUGGUGGUGGCACUCCAGCCGCCUGCAGACCUGGAGAUGGGCUCUGCAGAGGUCAUCGUAGAGUCCCUGACCCAGGGCGGCCUGGCCUCCCAGCUCCCUAGCCAGAGACUCUGUGCGGAGGAGAGCUUUGCCAGCCCCAGCGUCCUGGAGCCUUCACUCAUCAUCACAGCUGCUGUUCCUGAGGACUGUGACUCAUAGACCCCCUGCCCAGUUAGUCCCAUCCACCAAUAAACAGGUGACUUUGGAUUCA